ACUUUACGGCCACGGUGGGUUUACCUGGGGCCGGAAGUUGCUGGAUGCAGAGUCGCGACGGGAAAAGCUCUAGGUACCGGGAACCUCGUUGGUGUCGCGGCUCAGUAGUUUCUCUUUAAAACUUAAACUUUUUGUUGUUGUUUUCGUGGUCGUUGUUCUUGAGUCUUCAGAAAGGUUAAUCCCUUCACGUGUUAGGAGUUUGAGGCUCGCACCGUAGCAAGCUCCCCCGCCCCUUUAUACCCACUUAACCGGAUCCCACUGGAUCCUUGUCUCAAACCGUACAUGGUUUGGGUUCUGUUCACCGGGGGACUCCCAGCCCCGGGGAGAUCUUCCCUCUGAGACUCCAGACCCUUCCCCGCUUUGGUCCCCGGCCCCGCGGGGGACCCCACCCGGGUGCGAUCAGGAAUGAAGCUGGACAGCGCAGAGGAGACAUCACCGGGCCGCCCCUCCCCGGCCGCAGAGGGGUCUCCCGCUGCCCUCGAACAUGCCUUCUCCAAGGUGCUGCACGGUCUGAGCCGCCAAGAGCCCGGGCCGGGCGACGCAAGACAUGCCAUUCUUAAAGACCUCGGUGCUUUACUAGCAGCCGCCGAGAGCGACAGGUUAUUUGAGGGGAGUCGGAGUGGCGAGUCGCUCCGGGGCAUGCCCGAGAUCCUGGGACAGGUGGCGAAAGCCCUGGAGAAGUUCGCAGCCCCACCCAAGGAGAAGGUAGAUGGAGGCGAUGGGUAUUCCGGAGUGGCCGAGAAAGCGACUGAAGUAGGCUUGCUGUUUCUUAAGCUGCUGGGGAAGGUCGAGACGGCUAAGCGCUCUCCCGCCCGCCCCGCCUGGAAGACAGGCCUCCGCCCCUUGGCGGGACCCAUGUAUGUGUUUGCCACCACGCACAGAUCGGAGCAGCCCUGGACCAGUCCGAGAUCUCGGCAUGUGGCCGAUGAGGUGCUGUCCUCGCUGCUUCGAGUGACUGAGUGCAGUUCCGUGGCAGGAUUCCUGUGCGGAGAAGAUGAGGACGAUCGAGGGAGCUUUGCUGCGGUCUUGGGGCUUCUUAAACCCCAUUUGAAUAAGGAAUCCUGGAAGAGUAAUCCUGCUGUCAAACAUGUUUUCUCAUGGACUCUGCAACAAGUCACUCAGCCCUGGCUGAGCCAGCAUCUGGAAAAGAUACUUCCUCCAUCUUUGCUCAUCUCAGAUGAUUAUCAGACUGAGAAUAAAAUCCUGGGUGUCCAGUGCCUCCAUCACAUUGUGGUUAAUGUGCCAGCUGCUGAUUUGCUGCAGUACAACAGAGCCGAGGUCCUCUACCAUGCCCUUUUUAAUCACUUGUACAUGCCAGAGCACGACCUCAUUCAGGCUGUGCUGCUGUGCCUCCUAGAUUUAUUCCCUGUCCUAGAGAAAGCGCUGCACUGGAAGGGAGAUGCAGCUCGAGCCACUACACACUGUCAUGAUGUACUACAGCUGAUCCUCACCCACAUGGAGCCAGAGCAUCGCCUUCUCUUACGGAGGACUUAUGCCAGAAACCUGCCAGCUUUUGUGAAGAAGCUGGGGAUCCUAACUGUCCGGCACUUGAAGAGGCUGGAGAAAGUUAUCAUUGGUUAUCUGGAAGUUUAUGAUGGACCAGAAGAAGAAACCAGGUUGAAGAUCCUGGAAACCCUGAAACUUGUCAUGCAGUAUACUUGGCCCAGAAUUUCCUGCAGAGUUGUAGUCUUGCUGAAGGCUCUCCUGAAACUUAUAUGUGAUGUAGCAAGGGACACAAGCCUCACAACUGAGGCCACGAAGAGCGCCCUACUCCAGGAAGCCACAGACUGCCUGAUUCUCCUGGACCACUGUUCUCAGGGGCAGGUGAAGGGUCUUCUGGCUAAAAUUGCCCUAUCUUGUGAAGACAGCACAGUGGUGAGCUGCAUCAGGAAAGUGCAGAACUCUGCAGAUGUUCUCUGCAAUGACACUUGAGAUGACUAACCAGAUCAUGUGGAUGGAGUUAUGGAAAAGUCUAUUUUUAUAUUAAACAUUCUAAGGUGGAACUUU